UACCUUAUAAUUCACAUUUUCAAGAUUCUUUUCCAGCUCUGAAAUUUUCAAAAAAUAGCAGAAAAAAUGGGUUCCAUCGCUAAGGAUCCAAGAGAGGACGUCAUACAGGCAUGGUACAUGGAUGACAGCGAUGAGGACCAGAGGCUUCCUCAUCACCGUGAGCCAAAGGAAUUUGUGUCUCUUGAAAAGCUUGCUGAGCUUGGAGUGAUCAGCUGGAAGCUUGAUGCUGACAAUUAUGAGACUGAUGAGGAGUUGAAGAAAAUUCGGGCUGAUCGUGGAUACUCGUACAUGGAUUUCUGUGAGGUUUGCCCUGAGAAACUACCAAACUAUGAUGAGAAAAUCAAGAAUUUUUUUGAAGAACACCUGCACACCGACGAGGAGAUCCGUUACUGUGUUGCAGGAAGUGGUUAUUUUGAUGUCAGGGAUCGGGAUGAGAAAUGGAUUCGUGUCUGGGUAAAGAAGGGUGGAAUGAUUGUUCUGCCUGCUGGAAUUUAUCACCGCUUCACGCUUGAUUCGAGCAAUUACAUUAAGGCAAUGAGGCUCUUUGUUGGUGAUCCAGUUUGGACUCCAUACAAUCGUCCACAUGACCAUCUGCCUGCAAGGAAAGAAUAUGUUGAGACGUUUGUCCACGCAGAUGGCGCUGGUCGUGCUGUUAAUGCUGCUGCUUAAAUUUACUAUAGGCGAAGAACUUGAAAUCUUUGUAGACUGUAAUAAAUAUUUAUCAUAUGGUUGUUUUGCUGUCCUUGAUGUGUGUACUCAGCUUGUUGAAUGUUGUAUCCUAGCACUAAAUAAAUCACCCUUAUGGGAGAUUAAAUGCUUUAUGCAAGUGGAGUCCAUUAUGUGAUUUUAA